UGCAUCAUAAUGUAGUGUUGUGCCAUCUGGAGCAGAACCUGUGGCAAUUAAUGAAUGACACCAUGGCUUUCUACUACUCAAAGUCUUCAGAUUCAAUCAAAUAUUUUCUGUUCUCAUGCAUGCUCUCAACAUUCCAGAAAUCCUCGAGCUCAUUGGUUGGUUUCUUCCAUUAUGGGGCGUCAACCAUCACGGAGACAACGUCCUCUUACCCCAUAAUAUGUUACCAUGUCUCUCCGUAUCCCGCAACUUUCGGCAGACGCUUCUCCCUAUUUUCUGGUAUACAUUCGAUGAAACUGCUAUGUCACGGGUGCCUCUGUAUCUCAUCAAGAAAUAUACGCCCUUUAUAAGGGCGGUGUAUAACUUUGGCGCCCGAAAAGACUAUCCGCUCCAUGAUCGCAUCCCUCUAGCAAGUCUGGUCCUGUUGAGUACUACCAUCAAGCCAAUCAAAGGACUAAGUGCUAGUGUUGUGCAGGUUAUCAAGUCCAACCCAACACUCAGGAGCAUCAGCUGGGUGCACGACUUUGAUCAACCGAGGACGUCUACAAAAGUAAACGAAGAUGGAGGUUUAGACAUGGACGAUUCCACCAUAUUUGCAAACGCGCACCAACUGGAACGUUUAUGUCUCAUGAACUGCCAUUGGGACUGGUAUCUUUUGAACAUUCAUCGCUUAAGAUGGUUGCUCCAGCCAAUUACAGCAACACUCAAGUGUUUAACCGUUAAGAAAGCUCCUCCUCGCAACGGCAUUUCGCCAUUAACAGAAGAAGGUGAUGGACAAAUAGACGAAGAGAAAGAAGAUGAAGAAAAAGAAGGGGAUGAAAAAUAUAGCCUCUUCUUUCCCAAGCUAGAGGAAAUACAUAUCCCAAAGAUAGACCUAGUAGAUCUUCGAGGAAUAAUAAGUCCCAAAGGUUGCCCAAACCUCCAAAUCCUUAUAACGGGUGCAUCUUGGGAAAGCUUGCGUUUGUUCUUGCAAGAGCAUCAGCAAUGCCAGCUGAAGCAACAACAACAGCGGUGCAAAAAACUGGACCCACAAGGGUGGCCGCUUGAAGAUUCACAACCAACUGUUACUGCGAAUAACUAUUACCAGCAGAUCCGUAGCAUCGGCUUCGCGGAGAGACAACGAGUUGAACGCAGUUUACAGGAUAUUGCGGAAAUGCUACCUGACUCCCACAGUCUUGACAUUGACUUGUUCAAAAUGAUGCCCUAUAGUACACCUAGGCACUUCCCGGUUCAUACGAUCCGGCAUCUAUCACUCUAUCAAGACAGCUGGAAUAGAACAGAACACUACAUCCUAUGGGACUUACUAUCAUCCAGCAGCCUACGAUUGAUGUCAUUAAAGAUUGGAUACAUGCAACGGUUCAAUUUAUUGACCCUCCUGACUUCCACCGUGUGGGCCAAUCCAGAUGACUUGACCUCGUUGACUGUCAAUGGAGCUCGCAUGUGUUUCAAGAACAUCUUGCUUGACUUACCCUUGCAGGAAUAUGACAAGGAUGGCCACAAUAUCGCUGAAAUAUUAGCUGCACGAGUGCAUUUUGGUUGGAAAGUACAAGGUGGGUUGAUGCAACAAGGCUUAGAUAUCAUGAUGUCUGUGUUCAAAAUGGCUAAUGGUGGGUUCAGGGCCUUGAGAAGAAUUGAACUUAACGGAAAUGUAUAUCGAAAGUUGAAUAAAUAA